AGAGAAGCUGUUCUUGUUCAAGCUAGCGGACGCAGGUCUGUGCGGAUGGCUGGUGUCUACCUGUCAACAACCGAGACCUAGCUGAAACUAAAGUCCCUGUGACCCUUUGCCGUCUGUUUUUGCCAGGUCUAUCCAUCGUAGCCAAACGAGGCUCCAGUGUUAUGGAAGAACCAUGAAGGCCCAACUGCAAGUCACAGUGAUUUCAGCCAAACUGAAAGAAAACAAAAAGAACUGGUUUGGUCCCAGUCCGUAUGUUGAGGUAGCCGUGGAUGGCCAGUCAAAGAGGACUGAGAAGUGCAACAACACACACAGUCCCAAAUGGAAGCAAGCUCUCACAGUAAUUGUGACUCCGGUCAGCAAGCUGAUCUUUCGUGUUUGGAGCCAUCAAACACUGAAGGCAGACAUCCUGCUGGGAAUGGCCGUACUGGAGAUCAGCAAGAUUCUCAAGGCAAAUGACCUCAAAUUAUGUGAGGUGGUGCAGACGCUGCAGCUGUGCUCUGACAGAGACCCCCGGGAGGUUGUUGGUGACUUGUCGAUCUGUCUGGACGGCAUGCAAGUAGACUCAGAAACCUUUGCCUCGGCGGAGAGAGAACAAGCUGCUCUUCCAAAUGGAAAUGCAAGACAAAAUGGAGACACUGGCAACAGAUCAAGCAGGGACACAUCUCCAUCCAGUGACUCAGAGGAAUGGGUCAUAGUACCCAAUGGUCAUGCUGUCAAUGGUACGGGCUCCCCAUCCCGAUCUCCAGAGGACUCCACAACCUCACGUCCUCCUAGACCUUCACGACCUCCUCCUCCUAUGCCACGGAAACCAGCAGCCUCACCAACUUCUUCCAGCAGCUCUUCCCCCAGUGAGCUCAGUGAGGGCCCUGCUUCUGAUGGUUCCUCUCAGGCGUCGGCUAGUGGGUGUUCAGAUCAGCAGGAAGAAUCGGGUGCAGGAGCAGCACCUGCAACUUCCACACAGACAGCAAGUGGUCCCAAACCAGCAGCCUCUGCCUCCACAGCUCCGGCUGCAACAACACCCAGAAUCACUCCCGUUAACAACGGUCCCUUGCCACCAGGGUGGGAGCAAAGGGUGGACCAGAACGGACGGGUGUACUAUGUGGACCACAUUGAGAAGAGAACGACCUGGGACAGGCCUGAGUCUUUGCCUACAGGGUGGGAGCGCAGGGUGGACCCGAUGGGUAGAGUGUACUAUGUUGACCACAUAACCCGAACUACCACAUGGCAACGCCCCACACAGGAGUCAGUACGCAACUAUGAGGAGUGGCAGCACCAGCGCAGCCAACUCCAGGGAGCCAUGCAGCAGUUUAACCAGAGGUUCAUUUACGGGCUCCAAGACCAGUUGGCAGCAACAACCAGUAAAGAGUUUGACCCACUAGGACCUCUUCCACAUGGUUGGGAGAAGAGAACAGACACCAAUGGCAGAGUGUAUUUUGUUCAUCACCCAACUCGGACGACUCAGUGGGAGGACCCAAGGACGCAGGGGCUGCUGAAUGAUAAGCCCCUGCCUGAAGGUUGGGAGAUGAGGUUCACUGUGGAUGGUAUUCCAUAUUUUGUUGACCACAACAGGCGAACGACUACCUACAUUGACCCUCGCACUGGGAAAUCCUCGCUUGAGAACGGACCACAGAUAACCUAUGUCAGGGACUUCAAAGCCAAAGUGCAAUACUUCAGGUUCUGGUGUCAGCAAUUAUCGAUGCCUCAGCACAUUAAGAUUACUGUCUCGCGUAAGACUUUGUUUGAGGAUUCAUUUCAGCAGAUCAUGAGUUUUCACCCUCAAGAUCUGAGGCGGAGACUGUGGCUCAUCUUCCCUGGCGAGGAAGGAUUAGAUUACGGAGGCGUGGCGAGAGAGUGGUUUUUCUUGCUGUCUCACGAGGUGCUGAAUCCCAUGUACUGUUUGUUUGAGUAUGCUGGAAAGGACAACUACUGUCUUCAGAUCAACCCGGCUUCUUACAUCAACCCUGAUCACCUCAAGUACUUCAAGUUCAUAGGACGCUUUAUUGCUAUGGCCUUGUUCCAUGGCAAAUUCAUCGACACGGGUUUCUCCCUGCCGUUCUACAAGCGUAUUCUGAACAAACCUCUGGCUCUGAAAGACCUGGAGUCCAUAGAUCCAGAAUUUUAUAAUUCACUCAUUUGGAUUAAGGACAAUAACAUAGAGGAGUGUGGUCUGGAGAUGUUCUUCUCAGUUGACAAGGAGAUCCUGGGGGAGGUCACCACUCAUGAACUGAAGCCAGAUGGAGGAAACCUCCAAGUAACUGAGGAAAACAAGGAGGAGUACAUCAGGCUGGUGGCAGAGUGGAGGCUGUCCAGAGGGGUGGAGGAGCAGACGCAGGCUUUCUUUGAGGGCUUCAAUGAAGUUCUUCCCCAGCAGUAUCUUCAGUACUUUGAUGCUAAGGAAUUAGAGGUGAUGCUGUGUGGGAUGCAGGAGAUAGAUCUGGUGGAGUGGCAGAGACACACCAUCUAUAGACAUUAUGCCCGAAGCAGCAAACAGAUCCUUUGGUUCUGGCAGUUUGUGAAGGAGAUGGACAACGAAAAAAGGAUGAGACUGCUGCAGUUUGUCACAGGAACCUGUCGUCUUCCUUUGGGGGGCUUUGCUGACCUGAUGGGAAGCAAUGGUCCACAGAAGUUUUGCAUCGAAAAAGUGGGCAAAGAAAACUGGCUUCCAAGAAGCCACACAUGCUUUAAUCGUCUGGACCUCCCUCCUUAUAAGAGCUAUGAGCAGCUGAAGGAGAAACUCAUGUUCGCCAUAGAGGAGACGGAAGGCUUUGGGCAGGAGUGAAGCAGCAAGAGUGGCAGCUGCUGGACGGGACAGAGCAGUGGUGGGCUUGGAGGAGCCAUAUCCAUUUUGGACAAGAGCACUUUCCUGCAGAUUCUCCUCACAGCCGGGAGCUGUUUAUAGUCUGGUAGAUAGACUCAAUCUCUAUUGUCUGUCGAAGCAGUUUCUUCAUCAAUUCAUUUGUUCCACCAGAGUACUUUGCGUCCUCCUCACCCAGUUUCGCUCCUCACCUCUGUGAUCAGUCCCUCCCUAAUCCAGCUGCUCUCUCUUUAUCCCGCUCAGCCCACUAAGAGGCAGGAGAGAUCCCUGUCUCACCUUGUCAUGUCUGCACUUGCUGUAUGUUGUGCAAGGGCAGUUUCGACACGUGCUUCUGCAAACAUGUGCAGUACAUGCUUAAAAGUUGUCUCGUUGAGCCUGUGCACUACUUAUGAAUAAUUUCAGAGGAAACAAACGAACAUCAUGGGCUCACAUGCGGUUUGGGGGCAUUCAGACGUUUUGUUUUUCUUUUGUUGAAAGGACGAAUGAACAGAUGAUUUUUUUUCUCCAAUAACUGACUGACUGUACUGACCCUCGUAGCACAUAUGCAGUUUCUGUACUGACUUUGAUAAAUACGAUCGUAUUAGCUGUAAUGAUGUUUUCUCUUAUUUUGGCAGGUUGAUUUCUUAACUUUCUAAUGAGUUGAACUAGUUUGCACACGGUGACGUGAGCUGUAAGACGGUCGUGAUUGUUCUUAAGAGAGGCUGUAUUUUUUAUGUGCAAUAGUUUUGUAGACGACAUUUUUGCCAAUAAUAGAGCCAAACAGCGAUUUGUUUGAUCAUUUUUAUAAAACUUUGGUAAGAUUUAGCAUUUACUAUUGAUUUCAAUUCCAAUAUGAAGUAGAGAGCAUUUGCGUACUUUUCAGUGUAUUUGGUGAAACUGCUUUAGCUGUGAUGUGAUUCGAUUUGCCUUCCCAUAAACGACACUGCUGUGUAUAAUACGGGCAUAUUUGACCAUGGAUGCUCACUUCAUUUGUCAGUCAGGGAAACUGAAACUGUGAAGGCUUUUCUUGGUAAUUAUAAGCUAUUACUGAUGACGUGGGAGCGCUGGGAUGUAAUGUACAGUAGAGAGCAAUGAUUUGCUGAUUCAUGACCGAGUCCCACUGAAUGGUAGCAAAUUCGCUGUUAGUUUUCCAGAGUUAAGUAUUAUUCUUACAGUGGCUCAAGGCACUGAAACUUCAAAGACGUCCUCACCAGUUCAGCACCGCACGGUCGCACUUGGUGGAAACGUUUUCUUUGUCUGCUUGUGUCGACCUCUCAGCCACACUGCGCAUCCAAGAGAAGUAGUAAUGAAGAUUUUAAAUUCUAACAGUUUAACCUGUUAAGUGACUAAUGCAGUUAAUGUAAAUAUACUUACAAAUGAAAAAAAAAUGUGUUUAGUAUCUCACUAUGUACAAAACAUCCGAGCAGUGGAGCCCUUUGAGUUGCAGGCAAGAUGAGAAAUGAGAUUUAAAUUUAAAUAAUAGCAAGUGGCCCUAGUUUUAUAGGGUGGAAGGCUUUAGAUUUGUACAGGAAAAGUGUAUUUCAUGUCUUUUUCCAAAAAAAAAAAAAAAAAUCUCUGUUGGCAUCAAACUUAAAGUUUAUUUUUAGUAUUACGUAAAGCACCAUUUUUAAAGAAAAGGAACCAGUCUACCAAAGGAGCUUCAUGAAUUAAUUAAGUAAACCUGCUGACUUAAACGUCACCAGGUGUUCUCAGUAAACAUCCCCUAAAUGAUUACACAUUUGACAUCAGUUGUCACCGUUAUCGUCUUUCCUUUUGCUCACUGUAAGGUACAAGGGAUAGCUCCACAAUCUCAACUCUGAAUACAGAAUUUAGACAAAAUAUAGGUCUUAUUUAGUGUUUAGGAAAUACAGAAUUUGCAGUGUUAAGGAACCCGUCGUCUUAAUCUUGCUCAGCGAUGUUUCACUGUUGACUUUUAAUGUUCAGAGCUUUAGAGUCCCAUCACAAAAACACCCGUUUGUCAACACUAGGAGGGGAAAAAAACUAACUUUUAGCAGCUCCCUUGUUCAUGCGCAGGAAUGCCAGAUCCUGCCCCGAACAAUUCAAAAUACUUUAUAAAGAGGACACUCAUGAAAGGACGUACAUUCAAUACCAGAAGCCCAUGAGAAAUUAUGUCAAAAUUCUGUUUAAUAGGAUGGAAAUUUAAAGAUGAGAUAUUAACAGAAUUUACUAAAACUGGUUUGUAUUAAUACACAGUAAUAACAUAAAUUAUUGCUGUGUAUCUGUAUGGUUUUGCUGCUUAAUAAAAGCAGAUUCGAAUUUGUGAUGCAAUAUUUAAUGAUGACCAGCACCUGUCCAAGCAUCCGGCUGUGAUAAUGUCCGUUUAUAGGCAGGGUGGUGUCAAUGAUGUGCUAUAAUUUCAACAAUCGGUGUCAGUUUUUCCUCUUUAUGUCCCCCCUUUAAAAUGUGAAAGGAUGGAUUGUCAAAAUUUGCUUGUAAAUUUGCCCAUGUGUGCAUUUCAUAGUGUCCAUACCAGUACAACAUAAAAAAACUGACAGUUGUUUUUUAUGACCCACAGUAAACUGACUCAGUCACUACAUCUGCAACUUCACACACCGUUUACUGCUCACUUUAUCCUGAACCGUGUGAAGUGUUUCACUUUGUAUCACAUGUGUUCCCUUACUGGCAGCAAUUCAGUCCACAGACACAAAGAAAAACCGUUGUGUAGCUACUGGUAUGAAGACUCAUGAAGAAAUUAAUGUAAAAUAAGGUAAAUAAAACCUUGAUUUUGGAGGGAAAAAAGGUUUUGUGAAUAAAAUGUUGGCUGUUGAAUAAUUUAACAGGUUACAACUGUGUAAUAAUAGCACCUUGACACUCAAACUGAUUGAAUUAACCACUUCUGUUUAACCACCACUGUGUUCCAGAUCUUGGGGCAGAUAAUUAUAUAGAAAUAUGCAAAAUAGUGUUUUAGUCGUACUGAUUGCAUUGUACUUCAUGUCGAUCGUGUAAUCACGUUUUUUUUUCUUCUUUUUUUUUUGGCGCUGUUGCUUUUUUGAUAAGUGCAGUUAAUGGGUGAAUACUAUUUAUUAGGAGGAUGAGUUUCAUGUAACAGUGGAUUGGAUUGAUUGACAGAAAACAGUAAUAAAACAAUUUAAACACUGA